UGCGCGUCCACGGCGGAAUGGCUCUGCAGCUCACACACUGAAAGCUGUGCGACCGGGGCAUGCAUUCACUUUAACCCAGCAGACCAACAAGCUGCUGUGUAGUCUGGAGCAGAUCCACGGCAAAACGACGUCUUGGUUUUCUGCAAUAGCAUCACUGGAGCUUUGGAGGUGAAGAAGACAUGUGAAGAGGCAGGUGCACAGAUUUGCGCCUCCUCUUUUUUCUCUUAUCUUUUGCAAUCUGAUUUUCGACCGCAGCCUGUGAUAUGCAGCCUCCACCUGCCAGAUGUGUGGUACCAGCACCACAACUGCAGCCUACAGAGUGCGUCUCCUCUCUACCUGCUGCUGAUCCUCUGGGAUCUGUGGUGGAGCACUGAGACGUCCACAGCUGCAACUAUCAUCAUCAUCCUCAUCCUCAACGUCUGCCGCUUAAAACACGACAACACGCAAGAGGAGAGAGGCUGCCUUUGGCUGAUCAAAGAUCCAGCAGUCACAGAGCACCUGUGGACGAUGACUCCAGCCGAGCUGCUGGCGUGAACGCAGCAUGAGAUAAUUGAGGAGAGCCAGAUACUCGUCGCUGAUUCAAGCUUUUUUCUGUCUGGCGCUGAGGAAAAUGUUCCAGUGUGUCAGUUGACUGGCAGGGUUGCAGUGCUGUUGUCGCCCUGGACAUAGCCAGCAGCUGAAGCACGGACACCAAGAAGGAGAUGGCUCGUCCAGGAUCGGGGUUGCUGGCGCCCGGCAACGGGUUGGGGUACCCCCCUCAGAACCUGGCCAGGGUGGUGGUCUGGGAGUGGAAGAAUGAACAUGGGCGAUGGAGGCCCUACAGCGCAGCGGUUUGCCACCAUAUUGAGAAUGUACUGAAGGGGGACGUCCGGGGAACUGUAGUGCUGGGCCAGGUGGAUGCCCCGCUCUCUCCAUACGUCAUCGACCUGCAGUCCAUGCACCAGUUUCGACAGGACACAGGCACCAUGAGACCAGUGCAGAGGAACUUUUACGAGCCGUCGUCCGCUCCGGGGAAAGGCGUGGUGUGGGAGUGGGAGAACGACAACGACUCGUGGACGCCGUAUGACAUGGAGAUCUGUGUGACCAUCCAGAACGCCUAUGAGAAGCAGCACCCCUGGCUUGACCUGACUUCUCUGGGCUUCUGCUACCUCAUCGACUUCAACAGCAUGUGUCAGACCAACAGGCAGAGCCAGCGCAAGCGACGCCUGCGGAGACGCAUGGACCUGGCCUUCCCGCUCAUCAUGGGCUCCAUCCCCAAGUCGAAAUCGUGGCCCGUGGGAGCCAGCGCCGGCCAGCCCUGCUCCUGCCAGCAGUGCAUCCUGGUCAACAGUACGAGAGCCGCCUCCAAUGCUAUCCUGGCCUCCCAGCGGCGGAAGCUCUACGGGGGGACAGCGGGAAACCCGGGCGCCGCAGGAACCCUCGCUGUCGUGCGGCAGAGCAACACCUUUGCUGGAACCUCCCUGUGGUCGCCGACCUCCGCCUCCUCCGGCCCCAACAACAUCAACAUAAGUAUGGGUGGUGGGCAAGCCAAAGCUGAGCAGGUGCAGUUGCCGCUGCCCUCUGCCAACUUCCCCUGUUCCCCCAUGAUGCCAUCUCUUUCAUCCACCCAUGGCCACCACAAGCUCAACGUCAACGGACAGAACAACCUGAACCGGCCGGGCACACAGCGCAUCUCCAUGGGCACCGCCAGAGGAGCCAUCCCACAAGGGGUUCCUGCCCUCCCAGUAAAGAACCUGACUGGAUCUGGACCUGUGCACCCGGCACUGGCAGGUAUGACGGGUAUCCUGAUGUGCGCUGCAGGUCUGCCAGUUUGCCUGACUCGGGCCCCCAAGCCCAUACUGCACCCACCACCCAUCAACAAGAGCGACAUGAAGCCUGUGCAAGGGAUCAACGGCAUGCGCCGCAAAACCAAGAAAAAGCACCUGAGGAGAGGCAAAAACCCAGAGGAUGUGGUGCGGAGAUACACGGACAAGAUUAAAGUGGUGCCAGAUGAGGACUGUACCAUCUGCAUGGAGAGGCUGGUAAUGUCAUCAGGCUAUGAAGGCAUCCUGCAGCACAAAGGCAUCAAGCCAGAACUAGUGGGCAAACUUGGCAAGUGUGGGCACAUGUACCAUCUGCUGUGCCUGGUGGCCAUGUACAACAAUGGCAAUAAGGAUGGCAGUCUUCAGUGUCCAACAUGCAAAACCAUUUACGGUGAGAAAACCGGCACCCAGCCUCCCGGGAAGAUGGAGUUCCACGUCAUCCCCCACUGCCUGCCUGGCUACCCGGACUCCAAGGCCAUCCGCAUCGUCUACGACAUUCCUGCUGGGAUCCAGACCAAUGAGCACCCAAACCCCGGGAAGAAGUUCAGUGCAAGAGGGUUCCCUCGUCACUGCUACCUCCCUGACAAUGAGAAAGGCAGGAAGGUACUGAAGCUGCUGAUCAUGGCCUGGGACCGACGCCUCAUCUUCACCAUCGGCACGUCCAGUACCACCGGCGAGUCGGACACGGUGGUGUGGAACGAGAUUCACCACAAGACAGAAUUUGGAUCCAACCUGACCGGCCAUGGCUACCCAGACCCCAACUACCUGGUCAACGUCCUGACGGAGCUGGUGGCCCAGGGGGUCGGCGAGGACAACUUGAAGGACUGAUGGUCGGCUGAGCUGAGAAACACAACCCAACAUGCCCCGCCAUCUCAGAGGACAGAACCCUGCAUGACGGGCCAACAAGUAGCCGACAACUCUUUGGCCCCCACAAACAAAAAUACCCAGCGGAAGUGGUGGCACAAGAGCAACGGAAGCUAACUAAAUGGCGCGGUUAUGGUCGAUAUUUUAAUUUUAAAAACCCACGGUUUCCUCCCCGCUGUCUCUUGAUCCAUGCCUUGAGCAUGUUGUGUUCUAGCCAGAUGUUCUCAGAGGGUUGAAGAAUACACAGACAAGGUGAGAUUUCUGUCUUGGUAAAUUGUGUUUGACCCCUUUUCGAUUCCAACUGAAGAUGUUCCUCUGCACUUGAGGAGGGCUCAUAUUUGUAAAUGGGUCCAUAUUUGUAAAUGCUGAACUCCAGAAUGCAUGGCCCAGACUAACGCUGCAUAAUGAAGGAUGGGCAAAUAUCUGCAAUCGGAUAAAGUGUCCGUUUCUUGCUUGAUAUUGUGAAGAGAAAUUUAAGAGAAUUUCAUCAUUUUCAUGAAUCCAAAUGAAUUGACCAUAUGCGUCCCCCUUUUCCUCUAAGAAUUGAUUACUGGUGAAUGUGUGUCUGUUAAGUUGCACUGGGCAUCUCUGACAUUUUACCCUUCUGAGACCUUUGGUCAGUUCUCUAAAAUGGAAGUUUGUUCUGUCGUGCACAAAGUAGAUUCCAGGGAGAUGAAGGCUAUGAAAUAUUAGUGUUUGGUAAUAAGCUUAUGUUGGAUGGUUAACCUUGUGAACUGUCUGUGAGAGCAGACAUGAAAUAAAUGAAACAAGCAUCUAUCCAGUCAGUUUGAUGCCCGUCAUGAGGUGUUGUGACUUGACAGGCUGAGGUUGUGAAGAGGGAUUUGCUAUGCUCCGAGGUUAAACUCAUUUGUUUUGUUGACACACUGAUGAUGAUGACCUCUGUGAACAGAGAUCCUGCAUUAUUAUUCUCCCUGUUGGAGACAAAUCCAGGCAUCUUCACAAUCCAUCAUUCUGACCAUACACAAGGGGCGGCUGUAGCUCAGUGGGGUAAGGAGGUCAUCCUGCAACCCCAAGGUCGUGGGUUCGAUCCCCGCUCUCCCCAUUAGUUGCAAGUCGAAGUGUCCUUGAGCAAGGCACUGAACCCCCAGUUGCUUCCCGGGCGCAUCACUGCAGCCCACUGCUCCUUAAUAACUAUGGAUGGGUUAAAUGCAGAGAACUAAUUUCCCCUUGUGGAUUAAUAAAGUAUAUAUCUAAAUCUAUCUAUAUCUAUCUAAAAACAUGCUGGCUUGAGGUCCUUUUUAGGAGAAAAGCUGAACAUGCUUCUAGCAGAUGGAUGUUUCUCUUUCAAACACCAACAGUUCUCCCUUGGAGAUCCGUCUCGGGCUUUGGCUUACCAGAGAGCCACACCUCUUGUUUUCUGCUGGGCAGUCCGCAGCGCUCCACUGCUUGUAUAGCGAGCGGGGAAACAUCUCAUUCUUUGCGUGAGCUCAUUCAGUCAUUGAGUUGUUCGAGUCGAUCCUGAUGUACACACCUGCUGUCCUGCCUCUACCCGGCAACAGCAGAGCACUUCGUUCUAGAAACCUUGUUCUUGGAAGAAAGAAAUUCAUAUUUCCCCCUUAGGUAUCUUGCCCAUGUGGUGAAGACUGUGUGAAGGUCCUUGGAGGAGGUCUUGUGUUGUUUCUACGCUCUGAGAUAAAAGAUAACCCAGUGCUGCAUAAUUCUCCAUUCAUACAUCUGAAACGUUUUAAUCAGAGGGGGUGUUGAUGUGAGGUUUAUCGUGUGGACACCCAGCUGUGAGCUUGGUUUUGGAGUGAAUCAUAGUCUUCCAUAGCACUUUGAGGCAACGGUUUGGUUUAAUCAGUCGUUAAAUUUUUAAGAAAAUAUAAAAUAGCAACUCGAUCUUUUUAUUUUUAUUUAAGUUGUUGUUUAUAAACCGGCUUGCGACGCUUUGAAACAUAGGCCUAUCUAUCGAUAUACAUUUGCAGAUGUGAUAUAACUUUAAAUUCAAGCUCAAUUUGAGUCGACGGUGUAAGUUUAAUUUAUUUUUAUACUCUUCUAUAUCGUAAAUAUAAAGAUGGCCCACAUAUCUAUACACAGGCACAUGUUAACAUGAAUACAUAAAAUCUGGCAAAGAUGAAUUUGUCAGUAUGUCAGGGACUGUUGAAAUAUGUACGACAUGUUAUGGACGUCUUAUAUUACAAGUAGUCUUAGCGUAUGCUGCUCUCGUUACCUUAAUGUAGAAUCUGUGUAGUUGAUCCCCUGUGGGACUCCAAUAAAUACAGUAAAUGUGUCUUUAUUAUUGGUGGGGAGCUUUAGCAGCAUGAAGAUGUCCGUUCCCCCCAAAUAGACCAUUUCUCUUUUUCUACUUGUCCAGAACAUGGGAAUGGAUGCAGUCAGCAAUCUGUGUUCAGUGUGAUGGUGAAACCGGCACGCCUGGGUUAAAUAGAAGCUAUUUCUUGAUGUUUGUUUUAAGUUAGCUGGAGCAACAAAGUGAUGCGAUUGACCAAAGUCAGCUGUCAAUCAAAGUACACUGAAUUACUUUUUUUUUUAAAGGCCCUGAAAACACAAUACAGAUUCCUCCCAAAGUUACAUUUUUGUUAUUUUCCAUUUUUUUGAAUGCAUGUCCUUGCUUUUGUGUUCAGAUACAAAGCAAAGCAAAUACUUUUCUGUAAAAAAUACCAACUUGCUGGAACCUGCUCAGGCUUCAACCAACUUUACAACAUACUAAACGUAUUUGUAAGUGUGAUAUUUGACCCAGGUGUUGAAAACAGAUAUUAUUUGGCCUGUUCCAGCUCAAGUACUCUCCUUCACAACCUUUUUGACUCCCUUUAUAAUACGGGACAGCAAGAGAUAAUGCUUCCAACCUAUCAGGGACUUUUUUUCCAUGUUGUGAGAAGUUUAAUCAACCAGAGGAAUCCAAAUGUUUGCUUCUGUGACUUUUCCUUUCCAUGUGUUGGCCUUGUGGUGAGAAUGAUUGCAGGCCCUUAAGACUUUUCAGGUGUGUACAGACGUAUAUGGGAUCGAUGAAUAAAACAUGGCAUUGGUCUAAUUGAGUGAGGUGAUGUAUAUGCAAUUUACAAUUUUUAAGAUCUUAUUCAUGAUUUAUGUGUAGCAAGAAGGCAUUUUAUUUGUUUGAGAUGACGAUGGAUGUUUUCUUUAUGGGGUGCCUACUGUACCUCAUGGAUUCUGAACAAAGGGGUUGCAAUCCGAAGAUCAUAUUCUGUGUACUAGAAAACAUAUAUUUUUGAUGUCUUUUUUUUGAAUGAUGAUUGUCUCUAAAAGAAUGAUUACACACCAUUGCUGUAUAACUCUUAUUAUGAUUCAUAACAUACUACUGUGCAUUUGAAAUAAGGGGUGAAAUCCCUUCAUAAUCCUAACUCAUGAAGUAUACAGUACUCUCAUACUAUCAACUGCGAACGUUGACAUCCGGCCACUUUACUUUUAAAAGCGCGUUCACUUCCCUCGUGCAGAAUAGCUCUGCUCGCGAGCGGGAUUAAAAACCCGCAAUGCUUUGAGGGCAACGAGCCUCACCUGGUGCACGACUUCAGUCACUGCUCUGCUGCCCGCAAAGCUUUUCAUCUUAUUUUUAUUUCUGACAUUAAGUGGGCGGACCCAGUCACCACGACAUUGAAUUGGCAGGAUGUCAUUCCCGACACAGCCGCUAGGUGGCGGUAUAACCGUGGGUUCCAAACCGACACUGAACGCCACACAUGCGCGCGCACAUCUCAUUUGUGCUCGCGGGCGUUGACCUUGAUUUGCCUCCAUCUGCAUAGCUUUUAACAUGUGAAACUUCAUAGCUUCUUUAGAGAUAUCACACGGGUCUUCUGGUGAUUUCGCACUGUGUUUAGCAUCUGACUUCAGUUGGAAGGGUUCGCUCCUCUAUCGUGUUUGGUUCAUGGGGACGAGGCAGCGUUUGGCUCCUCUCCUCUCUUUUGACCAUGAGAUAGUUUUACAUCUGAAGCACCCAUUUUAAUUGACAGUUUCAAAUCAUGAUUUGUGUGUUUUACUUUCUCUUAAUCGGUCUCUACAUAUUGCUAUUUAAAAUGGUUCGUAAAGAGAAACUGAGAUCAACUAAAAGCAAGACAUAGAGAGACAUGAUUAAACUAUAAAGGGCUUCUUAAUAUAUCGGUCUUUAUUGAAUUGUGAUGACCUUGUUGCAUGUCUGUGUGUUUCUUGUGGAAAAAUAAAUGUGCCCUGGACUGGGGUAGUUUGUUUGACCUUU